AUGGAGAGUGACGGCGAGGCAUGGUGGGAGCUCGACAUGGACGAGGUGGGCCUCGGCACCGACGGCGUGCCGCUCCAGAGCCUCGAGGCGGCUGUGGUGCCGCCGCCGCGCUGGCCAUUCAACCAGGCGAGUGGCUACGGCGCGCCGCUCGACUGCGCCGCGCGCUGCCGCGGUGGCGACCACGCGAGCGUGUGCGCGCUGCUCGCGCACUCGCCACGCCUGCUGGUGGCGCUCGGGCCGUGUGGACUGCUCAGCCUCGCGUCACGGCUGCUGCGGCAGUUGGUGGUGUACGAUGUUCCCGGCAUGCCGCUCGUGCGCGUUGGCGCCGCGCCGCGCCGAGUCGAGCGUGGUUCCGCGACGCGCUACUUUGGCGACGGCGGGUACGUGAUGGUAUCGCCGCGCGGCUGCGAGGUUUGCUACUCGUACGGCGUCUCGCAGGAGGUGAGCUUCGACGCCGAGCUGGUGACGCAGCAUGGGUUGAGGCUGGUGCGCCAAUUCGAUAUGACGCUCGGCGGUGCCUACACGCCGCCGCUGCCGCAGUUCACCUUCUACGACGAGGGCCUCGGUGCGUCGCGCGACGCCGCGGCGCGCCUCGACACGCUCGAGAGCCACGUGCGCCGCUUCGGCGAGCUCGACGUGCGAAAGGUCCUGCAGUGCGACGUGGAGGGCGCAGAGUGGGAGGCGCUGUGGGCGUGCCCGGGCGCCGUGCUCGAUUCAUUCGAUCACCUGGUCAUCGAGUUUCACGGGCUGGAUGAGCUGGCCUCCAUGGGCUUCCACGCGGCGCUGCUCGAGAAGCUCAAUGUUCACUUCGUCGUCGUGCACGUCCACGUCAACAACCACGGGCUCGACGUUGAUGCUGACGCCGCCGCGCAAAAGUUCACCGAAGUGCUCGGCACGCUCGUGCCACGCACGCUCGAGGUGAGCUACCUCAGUCGCCGCCUCGUCCCCGAUGCCGCGCGCGUUGCGAGGGCGGCCAAGGCGUUCCCGACGCCGCUUGACUAUCCAAAUGUGCACGCGCCGGACGUGAUGCUCAACGAGAGCGGCCCCCUCAGCCUCACCAGCAGCGGGGAGCACGGUCGGAAGGGCGCUUCUGUCGCUUUCGGCAACACCGAGGCUUUCUAUCGGAACAUGGGUGGCGGGCGGCGAUCGCCGCAUACCGUCCUAUGGCGGCGAGUACCGCGCUACGCCAGGGAGGACAAGGACGUCGACGUGCAGCUGCAGCUGCUGUUCGAGUCGUUCGGUGGGUUCGGGAAGGGGGUCGGCGAGAUCCUCCGGAAGGCGGCGGACGUGCUACAGAACAAGCUGACGCGGGCCCAGUACCUCGAUGAGGUGACUUGGACCACUAAGAAUUGGCUGGGGCUGCAGAAGCAGCGUAUCUCAGUCGUUCUUCACACGGCAAUCGCGGAGCAGGUUGUGAACGAGCUUGCCUGUGGCGGGGGUGGGCGGGUGCACGGAGCUAAGUGCCUCGCCACCCUCGCAGGAGUCGCUUAG